AUGAAUUUAAAUAAUGAUGCAUUAAAGUCUUAGGAUCCUACUAAAUCUCUCGAUGAGGUCAAAGAAUCAUAUUUAAAUAAUAGUAAGGUUCUGGAUCUCCAUUACAUCGAUUAUUGUAAUGAUUCAAAUAACUUUGCUUCGUUCUAUGCAUUAAAUCGACUUAGUAAUCGUAUUGAAAGUAAAGCUUAACUAAAUUAUAAGAUAGGGCCACGUAUAUGCAAAACUCUAAAUCUGUGAGGCUGAUGAAAAUGUACAAAAACCACAAAAUUAUAAGAACUGUUUUUUUUUACCUAUAUUUAAUAAUUACAGUCUUUUAGCGCCCAACUUGGUGCAAUUUUGUAGACUAUUAAGUAAAAACUAUGAUAUUUUAGUAAUACUGCAGCAUUUAUAAAGGUUAAAGGAUUCCAAAAAUAGUAGAUUUUUAUCUUCCCAUAAACCUAUAUUAUUGCAUUGAAAUAAUGAUCGUUCUAUAUCUUUGUUUGAGCAAAGUAUUGCAAGAGAUUAUACUUAGGUGUUCAAAACCACAAUAAUAGAUUCACGACAUCGUAAAAGAAUCGCAAUGGUUUAAUUCAUAAUUAUGUUGUUAAUCAUUAUCAAUGACAUCACAGUAAUGAUACUAGAAAAUAACUUUCCCUUCAAUAUCAGUUUAUUAAUGAAAUCAAUAUUUAUAAUACUUUAAAAGUAUCUAAUAAUCACUAUAGAGAUAGAUAAACAUUACGUUCCACAAUAUUUCAUUAUGGUUAAAUAAUUAACAAAGGAAAGGAGAUCUAUUAUUUGAUGAUAUUUUCUUUAAUAUUUUUUGCUGGAUUAGGAUCAGCCAUAUUUAAGAACAAGAAUAACCCUUAAUUUGAAAGCAGUAUAUGUUAAAUAGAUUAGCCUCCCUUCUCAUAACCAGAAAAAUGCAUUGUAAUAAUUCUAUUUGUACUUCAAGCCACAGUUAAUUCGCCUGAUAUCUAUGUACCAUAUUAUGGUGAGUCUAGGGCUAAUGUAGCAUAUUUUAUCAUAUUUUAAUUCAUAAACACAACAUUGAUCAUAAAUUUAGUGUUAGCCUUCUUUUAUUCUUCUUACAAAGAUCUCAUGCAAAAAGAAACAAAUUAAAUUUUAUCCAAGUACAAUCACAGAUUUAGUCUUUAAACAUAAAAAUUUUUUCGAAUGAGAACAGAGUCUGAUAUCACAAGAUUAGCAGACAUUUCAUAAUUUGACAGUGUAAUAUCCAGAUCGAUAUACAAAAUUUUAGAUAAUAAAUUUUAUGAAAUUUUUAUUGAAAUCAUUUCAUUAGUCUCAUUUGUGAUGAUAUUUUUCAAAAUUACCAACCUUAAAUUAUAUGUACUGUUAAUUUGUAAUUCAAUAAUGUUGGCAGAAUGCCUCUUACUAUUAUGUUAUGUAGGUAAAAGAAGGAUUUGGAAGAAGAAAUCCUUAAUUGUUGAAUUUCUAUUUUCCAUUUCAAUUCUUCUAUUAGUUAUAUUAAACUUACUUGGAUAUAAUUCAUUCAGAGCUUUACUCAUUUUAUUAUGCUAUAGAUUAUUGAGAGGAUGUAAAUGGAUUUUAAAGAGUAAUAGUUUUACCACUUUAAUUAUUUCAAUAACAUCUAUCUUUUAGUAUAUAGUUUAAUUAUUUGGAACUUUAUUUAUCCUAUUUAUGCUAUAUACAGCCAUUGGACAAUUACUUUUUGGAGGAAAAGUCCUAUAUUCUGAUGAAGAUGAAGUUCAUUAUGAAUUAGCAAACUUUAACGAUUUUUUAUCUGGGAUGUGCACAUGUUGGUUUUUAUUGAUUAUUAAUAAUUGGAAUGUAAUAUCUUAUAAUUAUGCCAAAAUAUUUAAUACUGAUUUAGUUUACAUAUUUUUUAUUAGUUUUUAUAUAGUUGUUGUGUUAUUUACUCUUAAUGUUACUAUGGCAUUAUUGAUUGAAUACAUAGUUUCAAAGAUACACCCUAAGAAUUAGACAGACGCGUCAUAAUCAGAACCUUAGGAUGAGUUGGUUUGCAAUCAUAAAAUAUAGGAAUGA